AUGUGGGAAAAUGGAGAUAGAAUUGAGAAAAAUGAUCUCCUAGAUGUUCUUAUCCAACAUGACAACCCUAAGGUUACAAUAGUGGAGAUCAAAGCCCAGAUUAUUGAAAUAAUGAUUGCCUCAGUUGAUAAUCCUUCCAACGCAGUAGAAUGGACAAUGGGAGAGAUGAUGAAUGAACCGACGCUGUUAAAACGAGCGGUGGAGGAGCUGGAGCAUGUUGUAGGUGGCAAUAGGCUAGUCCAAGAGCGAGACUUACCCCAACUCAAUUACCUAAAAGCGUGUAUCAAGGAAUCAUUUAGGUUGCACCCUUUUGCAGCUUUUAAUCCACCUCAUGUUUCGACGAUGGACACUACUGUUGCGGGUUACUUUAUACCGAAGGGUAGUCAUGUGCUGCUUAGUCGACGUGGGUUAGGAAGGAAUCCAAAUGUGUGGGCGGAUCCAUUGCGGUUUAAUCCGGAUCGUCAUCUACAAGGGGAAGAAAAGCAAGUGGUUCUUACAGAUAAUGAGUUGAGAAUGAUUUCAUUUAGCACCGGCAAACGUGGCUGUCCUGCGGUGGUGUUGGGCUCUACCAUCACUACAAUAAUGUUAGCCAGACUACUUCAAGGGUUCACUUGGGAGCCGAUAUGUAAAGAGCUGCCGAUUAAUCUCGUUGAAAAUCAUGAUGACCUUAGCUUGGCUAAGCCACUUAUGCUCAUUGCCAAGCCACGACUGCCUCAACAUCUCUACCCAAAAAUUUGA